CCCCCAUUUGCCUCAAAUCAAUCCAGCUCAACCUGCUCAUCCAAUCCAAUCCAUCCCAUUGGCAGAGAUCCAAAGAUAGCGCGACAGAGCUCCAUAUCGCAGACAGAAUCUUUCCUCCUCCAGGAGCUUGCAGCUGAGCGAACGAUCCAAUACAAGAAACCAAGAAACCAACAGAUCGAUCUUUGACGCAUACCCAUGGCGGCGGUGAUGGUUGCGAGGCAGGGCCGGGACCUGCAGCGGUACAGCCCGAGCACCGGCGGCCGCAUCGUGGUCGGCUGCAUCCCCUACCGGGCUCGCUCCGACGGCGAGGUGGAGGUGCUGGUGAUCUGCUCGCGCAAGAAGGGCGCCAGCGCGGGCGUGAUGUUCCCCAAGGGCGGGUGGGAGCUGGACGAGUCCAUCGAGGAGGCGGCGCGCCGCGAGGCGCUCGAGGAGGCCGGCGUGCGCGGCGAGACGGGCGCCAGCCUCGGCAGCUGGUACUACCGGAGCCGCCGCUACGACGCCACAUACGAGGGGCUCAUGUUCCCGCUGCGCGUCACCGACGAGCUCGAGCACUGGCCGGAGAUGUCCGGGCGGGGGCGGACCUGGGUCUCCGUGCGCGAGGCCAUGGACCGGUGCCCGCACUGGUGGAUGCGCGAGGCGCUCCAGCGGUUCGCCGACCGCCUCGCCGCCGCCGACGACGACUUGUAGGCGCGCGCACGCACGCGCAGCGCCGCUCUGCCUCUCUGUCUCCCUUCGGCCGGCCUCCUCGCCGGGCGCCAGACGGUUUGUGCCGGCUGGGCGCGCCCGCACGGCGCGGCGCGGCGCGGCACGAGGAAUCAAGCCACACGAAUCAAUCACAGCAUUGUAACACGGCCUUUUUGUUGGCAUUCGACCGGACAUGUAGAUCUCACCAAAUUCUUUGACAGUAUAGAGCAAAUGUUAGUCAACACAUCCUAAUUCGGAUUAUUGGAGCCAAACAAUCGGGUAUUUUUUUAUGAAAUUGACCUGGAUUCAGCAGUACGCAUUCAAAACUU